CCGUCAGAGGAAGGAUGUGAGCUGGAGAAGGAGGAGGCUCCAAGGUGCGUUGCGCCCAAGUUUUGUAAAAAAAAAAAAAAAAAAAGAAGCAAAAAAAGAAAAGAAUUUGCUCGUCGGUCAGCUGCUCUCCAACAGAAUCAUCCCGAGCUGGAGUUUGAAUGAAUGCUCCUGCUGCGUUAUUACAGCUGCGUGGUUUGGACUUGAGGUUGAGACGAUCGCGCGUGUGUCCUUCAUCCCACGAGUCCGGACGCAUCGAGGCUCCAACCACAACUCGAUCAAAGUUGCUUAUUCUUUUUUUUUUGUUGUUGUAGUUUGUUUUUGGAUUUCGUUCAAAAUAGGAGGAAAACAAUUCGAGACAACAUGUCGCUAAGCAGAAGUAUUGAAUUCGAACACUUCGAGGAACGAGAGAAGCCGCACCGGACACCGAAACCCAACUCCGGGUCCCAGCCGGGCUCCAGAGGCCACGCGCUGGCCCCCAGCCCCGCGCACAGUGCGCACUGUAGUUUCUACCGCACGCGCACCCUGCAGUCCCUCACCUCCGAGAAGAAAGCCAAAAAAGUGAGGUUUUAUCGCAACGGAGACCGGUAUUUCAAAGGGUUGGUGUACGCGGUGUCCGGUGAUCGCUUCAGGUCUCUGGAUGCCUUGCUCAUGGAGCUCACCAGGUCCCUGUCCGACAACGUCAACCUGCCCCAAGGAGUCCGGGCGCUGUACGCGUUGGAUGGAGGCAGGAGGGUCACCAGCCUGGAGGAGUUAGUGGAAGGCGAGAGUUACGUGUGCGCCUCCAACGAACCCUUCCGGCGCGUGGACUACGCCAAGAACGUCAACCCCAACUGGUCGGUGGGCUGCAGGGCGGGCGCGUCGCGCUCCCUCUCCUCCCUCAACCCGCUGAAGGGCGAGCUGCAGCACGAGGCCAAGGACUUCGUCAAGCCCAAGCUGGUCACCGUCAUCCGCAGCGGCGUCAGGCCGCGCAAGGCCGUGCGCAUCCUGCUCAACAAGAAGACGGCGCACUCCUUCGAGCAGGUGCUCACCGACAUCACCGACGCCAUCAAGCUGGACUCGGGGGCCGUGAGGCGGCUGUACACCCUGGAGGGCAGGCAGAUUAUCUGCCUGCAGGACUUCUUCGGGGACGACGACGUGUUUAUCGCCUGCGGCCCGGAGAAGCACCGCUACGCCCAGGACGACUUUCUGUUGGAUCACAGUGGUAAGGCUUCCACAGCCUUUAUGACUGAAUGCAGAGUGCUGAAGACGUCGCACGUCCGCUCGGCCGCUCCAAAGCGCGGCGCCAAGAGCCCCAGACCGCCGCGGCGCAGCAAGUCCCCGGGCGCAGCAAGGCGACCUGUGCACUACUCCACCAGCCAGUCUCCAAUCAAAUCCCCAGGUGAGGCUCAUGAUGCCGACACACAGUUUGCCUUUCAUCAGAAGCCGGUAAACGGGGCCUCGAGCAGCCAGAUCUCAACUCCGAAGUCCACCAAGUCCUCCACCCCGUCUCCCACGAGUCCCCGGACCGCCCCCAGUUUUAAGAUCCCUCCGUCACAUCACAUCUCGUCCCCCAAUGCAAAUGGGUCCUCAAACUGCCACCAGGAGCAGAGUGAUCGCCUGAGUCCAGAGGCAGUUAACGGGAACCGCUACGCGCCCGCCUCCACCGUCCUGGACAAGUACGACGUUGGCAAGGUCAUCGGAGACGGCAACUUCGCUGUGGUCAAAGAGUGUGUGGAGCGGUCCACAGGAAAAGAGUUUGCACUGAAGAUUAUCGACAAGGCCAAGUGCAGUGGAAAGGAGCACCUCAUUGAGAAUGAGGUCGCCGUGCUGCGGAAGGUGAAACACCCCAACAUCAUCAUGCUGAUCGAGGAGCUGGACACUCCCUCUGAGCUCUACCUGGUCAUGGAGCUGGUCAAGGGGGGGGACCUGUUCGAUGCCAUCACCUCCUCGGCCAAAUACACGGAGAGAGACGCCUGCGUCAUGGUGUACAAUCUGGCUGGAGCCCUGAGGUACCUGCACGGCGCCAGCAUCGUCCACAGAGACAUCAAACCAGAGAACCUGCUGGUGUUUGAAUAUCCAGAUGGAACCAAGUCGUUGAAACUGGGGGACUUUGGUCUGGCCACAGUGGUGGAAGGACCUCUGUACACCGUGUGUGGAACGCCUACCUAUGUGGCUCCAGAGAUCAUCUCCGAGUCAGGUUAUGGUCUGAAGGUGGACAUCUGGGCUGCGGGUGUCAUCACUUACAUCCUUCUGUGUGGCUUCCCUCCAUUUAGAAGUGAGAAUAACCUGCAAGAGGAUCUGUUUGAACAGAUCCUCCUCGGGCGACUGGACUUCCCCAGUCCUUACUGGGACAACAUCACUGACUCAGCCAAGGAGCUGAUUGGAAAGAUGCUGCAGGUCAACGCCGAGGCUCGAUACACAGCUCAGGACAUCCUCCACCACCCUUGGGUCACGGACGACGCGGCCGUGGAGAACAACAUGAAGAUGGAGGUCACAGGUAAACUGAAGACGCACUUUAACGCUGCACCUCGGUACGACAGCACCGCGGCUGGAGUGUCCGUCAUCAUGAGCACGGCUCUAGAUAAGAAGACCCUCCCGCUUACCGGCCUGCGUCGUCCGCACCCCCAAACAGCGCCGCGUCCCCCCGCGGGACCAGCUGCCCCCGACCGGCAGGCGCCGCGCGCCGGAGACGCCGCCGCGCCGGCUUCUCCCGAGACCCGCGUCACCGCUGUGCCCGAGGGCCCCCGCUCCCGUCGCCACGGUGACCGCGCACACGAACCUCCUGCUCCUGCUCCAAUGAGCGCGCUUCCCUUCUCCCCCUCCCCGAGUGCUGAGGGCCUCCCGGCGUCUCCCUCAGGGUCCGAACCUCCUGCUGCUUUCAGACGCGACUCCCCCCCUCCAUCGCCAACUCGACCCAGCCAGACUCCCUCUGCACCCACCAAACCUGCUUCUCCUCCCUCUACACCCACCAAACCUGCUUCUCCUCCCUCUACACCCACCAAACCUGCUUCUCCUCCCUCUACACCCACCAAACCUGCUUCUCCUCCCUCUACACCCACCAAACCUGCUUCUCCUCCCUCUACACCCACCAAACCUGCUUCUCCUCCCACUACACCCACCAAACCUGCUUCUCCUUCUCCCACCAAACCUGCUUCUCCUCCCACUACACCCACCAAACCUGCUUCUCCUUCUCCCACCAAACCUGCUUCUCCUCCCACUACACCCACCAAACCUGCUUCUCCUCCCACUACACCCACCAAACCUGCUUCUCCUCCCUCUACACCCACCAAACCUGCUUCUCCUUCCUCUGCACCCACCAAACCUGCUUCUCCUCCCUCUACACCCACCAAACCUGCUUCUCCUUCCUCUGCACCCACCAAACCUGCUUCUCCUCCCUCUACACCCACCAAACCUGCUUCUCCUUCCUCUGCACCCACCAAACCUGCUUCUCCUCCCUCUACACCCACCGAUCCUGCUUCUCCUCCCUCUACACCCACCAAACCUGCUUCUCCUCCCACUACACCCACUAAACCUGCUUCUCCUUCCUCUGCACCCACCAAACCUGCUUCUCCUUCCUCUGCACCCACCAAACCUGCUUCUCCUCCCUCUACACCCACCAAACCUGCUUCUCCUCCCUCUGCACCCACUAAACCUGCUUCUCCUUCCUCUGCACCCACCAAACCUGCUUCUCCUCCCUCUACACCCACCAAACCUGCUUCUUCUCCCUCUACACCCACCAAACCCGCUUCUCCUCCCUCUACACCCACCAAACCUGCUUCUCCUCCCUCUGCACCCACUAAACCUGCUUCUCCUUCCUCUGCACCCACCAAACCUGCUUCUCCUCCCUCUACACCCACCAAACCUGCUUCUUCUCCCUCUACACCCACCAAACCCGCUUCUCCUCCCUCUACACCCACCAAACCUGCUUCUCCUCCCUCUACACCCACCAAACCUGCUUCUCCUCCCUCUACACCCACCAAACCUGCUUCUCCUUCUCCCACCAAUCAACACCCUCCCUCCUCUCCUACUGAGGAGGCAUCUUCCCGGUCUUCCUCCCCUUCCCCCGUCCCCCCCAUCAAACCCGUCACGUUCUUCCCGUUCUGUUCCCCAACCAAACAAGAACCUCCAUUUCCGUCUCCCACUCAUCCAGCCCUGUUUCCCUCCCCCCCCUCCACACCUCCCAGAUCCACAACCCCACCCUCCUCCCCCGGUCCCGUUUCUCUCAGCCCGCUGACGGAGAGGAUUUAAAUGGAGCCAAUUUCCCAAACCCAACCACGUCUUUACAUUCAUGUAUCGUUAGACAAGGAGGUUGAAACACCAUCUUGAGCUUUUCCUGCGGCUGUAAACUGAGCCAGUGACUCCCGCGUGAAUAUUUGCAUCCCACCCUCAUCCAACUCCGUUUCCAGAGGCAGCGGAUGGAUACCGGUCGUUUUCAAAGAGGUUGUUCAUUGUAUAUAUGUUUGUAUUUAUUACUACAUGACGUGUAGAAAGGGAGUGAAUUGAAUGCACCUGGAGGAGUAUUUUUGGUCCUUGGUAGUCCCGCAUUACUGUAUCACGCUAAUGUGAAUCAUAUUAUUUAUGAGCCCAUUUUUGACUGCCUGUAAAUACGUAUCCAUGACUCACGCACCAUUGUGAACUUCUGUUGUUUUAGCAGAGACUGAAUCCAUGACCCAUAAAAGUAUUUCAGCAUAUCUAAAGUUAAAAGCCUGGCUGUUUGUAUCCAAACGUUUUUUUUUCUGUUAGCACAGUCAUGACAAAGUCUAUUAAGGUUAACUUUACAUUUCAGUGGGUUGACAAAAUGAAGGUGACACAUAACAAAGCACCAAGCAGCUGAUAACAAGGAAGCCCAUGCUUUGUAUGUUAUACGUUUUCAUCUAUAGAUUCCAUGAGUUAGUUUGCCUUGAAAUGAUGCCUUUAAGUGUAACAGUAGAUCCGCUGAAGACACAAACAGCUGUUUUUAAAUUGUGCUCUGCAUCGAGGCCACUUAGACCAAAGAUUCAAGUUGUUUGAGUUGUGGAGCUUUAAGGGCCUAAAGAUAUACAAUAACCAUUUCAUUUAGAAGCACAAAGUCAUAAUCAGGAUUUAAAAAACUAAAAUAAACACAACGUUUUUGUUCUUCCUUCUCUGUCGAUGUAUUCAUAUUAUCUUGUGACCCCCCCCCCCCCCCCCCAGGCCUGGAACCACUGCUCUCGUUUGUUAGCCAGAAAGCUUGGGGUUACGUUGCUGAGGUCACGAGACGUUCUCUGUCACCACCACAACACAAUGGAGAAUUUGAGUUUGAGUUGAAAGAGUUUUGUUUUCAUACAAUUUUCAAAAGAAAUGACAGCAGUGUGUCUAUUUUAAGUCUGUUUUUAAUGUAUCUUUUCCAAAUGCAUUGUAUUUGGGCAGGAAAGGUUAUUUCUGAUCUUGUAGGUAUUUAGAGGAUUUUUGCCUUUGUGUGUCUGAGCUGUUUAAUGGCCCUCAAAGUCUUACAUGACUGCUGUACGUGAUCAAGAGAGAAAAUAGUUUGGACUAUCAUGAAGAUUGCAGGUUUAUUUUCUAGAGGAUCGGAUUUUGUCGAACUGAACGGCUCUGCGCUACUACUGAAAAAGGAUCAAAGUUGAUUUAGUCCCCACUAGAGUGGGACACGGACGACAAGAAACCAAUCAAAGCAAGCAACAAGCGAACGAAUGAUUGUGUCGUCAAGGUAACGGGUAUGUGCCUGACCACUAGCGAAAAGCUCAUGACUUUAUGACGCCUUCAUCAAAACCCACUCGACUGAAAAUGAGACUGAAAGUUUUGCAUCUUGUUUCCGUUUCUUUUUGUUCAGUGCGACUCGUGUUUCAGACUGCAGCGUUUACUCAGAACCCAACGGGCCCCUUUAGGACUUUGAACCCGCACACUGCAGACGUCGGUCGGUACAUGACAUCAUGCUUCCUGUUAUGUAUUUAGAAGUAGGCUUCCAUAGGCCUUUUGCAAAGGGAAUUGGUAUUAAAAGUUUUUAAAACUGGAGCAAUGUUCUGUUAUGCAUCGAGUGGCUGCUUUUUGUCCUACUGCUUAGAAACCGAAAAGCAAAAAUGCAAUAAAGACUUUAAAUGGA